CUCCAAUGGUUUUUAACGUUGUCGAUUAGCUAGGAGACUUUUAUCAAUGAUCAGUUUCGAGAGCACUUCAUUUCCCACAAAUUCUUUCUCAACUCUGUGAAAACCCUUCUGGAUCUCUUCAAUUUACUCGCCAAUUGUUUCUAUUGGGUGAUCUAACUGCAAGGAAUUGAUUACAAGUUUCUGUACACAGAGGAAUGGCAGGAAUUUCAUCUUUCAGUCCCUUCCCUUGCGAGACCCUUUCUUUGUCUCAGGGUCAUCUAGGUUUCAGGAAGAAGAAUUCUCUUUCCACAGUUACGGUUCAUUCUGGAAGGAUCCCAUCAGGGAAGGGGAGGGAGGUUGCAGGGUCGAGGUUUUCAAUCGGCUGGGCGAGUCGUGGGGUGAGACCGCUUCUGAGGAUUAAGGCGGCGGCGGAUGACGAUGAGUGGGGAGCUGAAAACGAGGAGUGGACUGGGGAAGGGGUUGCAACGGCGUUGGGAGAGGAGGAGGCAGAGGAGAAGCCCAAGGAGCCAAGUAAGGUGGAUAAGCUGAAGAAGGCUUUGGUCGAUUCAUUCUAUGGCACGGAUCGAGGGUUGAGUGCUUCCAGUGAGACGAGGGCCGAGAUUGUCGAGCUCAUCACGCAGCUUGAGGCCGUCAACCCAACCCCUGCUCCCACCGAAGCUUUGACCCUUCUCAAUGGCAAAUGGAUUCUUGCGUACACUUCGUUUGCAGGGUUGUUCCCAUUGUUCUCGAGAGGAACACUACCAUUAGUGAAGGUAGAGGAAAUAUCCCAAACCAUUGACUCAGAGAACUUCACAGUCCAGAACUCAGUCAAGUUCAGUGGACCUUUGGCCACCAGUUCCUUCAUCACCAAUGCCAAAUUCGAAAUCCGAAGCCCCAAACGUGUUCAGAUCAAGUUCGAAGAAGGCAUCAUUGGAACACCCCAGUUAACAGACUCAAUUGAGACACCAGAAAGCGUGGAUGUUCUAGGGCAGAAGAUUGACCUCGCCCCUUUUAAAGGUCUGAUCACCUCACUUCAAGACACUGCUUCAUCUGUGGUGAAGACCAUCUCCAGCCAACCACCCUUGAAGAUUCCCAUCACCAACAACAGUGCCCAGUCAUGGUUGCUCACCACAUACCUCGACGAAGAACUGCGAAUCUCCAGGGGUGAUGGUGGCAGUGUGUUUGUACUCAUCAAGGAAGGCAGCUCCCUCUUGACCUCCUAAAUAAGGGUAUAGCUGAUUGUAAACAUUUACGCUCUCCAGCCUUGUUAGGGGAUCUUCAGUAGUUGUGAAUGUGCUUGUGGUAAGGUGUACUAUAUAGGGAAAGUGAAUAAUGUUUGCUAGAAAAUACAGGCUUGUAACUGUAACAAACCUUACACUACAUUUGAAGACGGUUUUAGAUCUA